GCUGCGCCAGUCCCUCCGACGCCGCCGCGCAUCACACCCGCGUUCUCUUUAGCACCGACUCAGCCGCAAGCGCGUCUGACCGCUCCGUCGCAAGCGCAUCAAAUCUACACUGAACCCAAAGAGAUGAGCCGGCACACCUGCCUGGCAGCUGCGGCCUUGCUGGCCGUGCUGUGCCUCGCCGACGCCCAGCGAAGACUGGCCCUGCCUGACCCCAGGAGUUGCGCAAACAGAGUGCGUCACUCGACAUACCGCGAUGCCCGGGGAGUUCUACAUUCGUACUUCUUCAGUUGGGAACACACGCCCACAAGGAACUUGGAGGUGGACUGGCUGGACGCUCGGAACAUCUGCCGACGCCAUUGCAUGGACGCCGUGUCACUGGAGACACCACAGGAGAAUGAAUUUAUAAAGCAGAGAAUUGCUCGAGGAAACGUCAGGUAUAUCUGGACUUCAGGUCGCAAGUGCAACUUUGCCGGGUGUGACCGUCCCGACCUGCAGCCCCCCAACGUCAAUGGCUGGUUCUGGUCCGGCUCCGGAGCCAAGAUCGGCCCCACCACACAGCGCAAUACAGGCGACUGGUCCUACACCGGCGGAUUCGGCCAGCCUCAACCUGACAACCGUGAAGCUGCUCAAGGCAAUGACGAGUCGUGCCUGUCGAUCCUGAACAACUUCUACAAUGACGGCAUCAAGUGGCACGACGUGGCGUGUCACCAUGUGAAGCCCUUCGUCUGCGAGGACAGCGAUGAACUACUCAACUUCGUCCGCUCCCGCAACCCCAACCUGCGUCUAUGAAACCUCAACCUCACCUCUCGCCUUCUAGUAUUUUAGAUGGCUGACAUUGUACAAAAACCAAGUGGCUAUCUAUAUUUAAGUUAUUUAUUAAUUUAACAAAUAUACACGUGAAAGCACUUAAGUCUCAAUUAGUGAUGAUUUCAUUCUAUACACUGUGACAGGUAAUGCCGACUAUUAGAGAAUACAAAAUAUUCCGACAAAUCGACGUCUAUUUUUUGUAAAUUUUAAUGAUCUGCCGUCACAUUCUAUGGUAAGUUAUCAUCUCUUUUUUGUAAAAAGUUCUGAUUGCACAGAAUAGGAUUAACAUUAUUAGUGUAAGA